AAAAAAAUUAGGUCUUUUUUUGUUCUUUGGACAGAAGAAAAAGGAGAAUCUUUUUUGAUAAAACAGAAUCUUCUUGUGCAGCAAAAAGCGAGUUCUUUCUUUUGCCCGUGAGAGAUUAAAAAUAGUUUUCUCGGGAAAACCAAAGAAACCCUUUUUUUUUGUUUUUUAUGAGAGUGGUUUCUUUUUCACAUGAAAUUCCACAAUUUCUGGAACAUGAGAGAUUCCGUGUUCUUCAAGACUUUGUUCUUUAACCCUUAACAAAGAAAUGGGUUUGUUUCAUUGGCUCCACUAAAAGAUUCGCUAUACCCUUUCCACUUACAAAAAGAUCCAACAACGCUUUUGCUGAGUCAUCAAACAUGCAUGAGUAUGAUAUCGGGGAAGAAGGAGAUCUGUUCAAAGCUCCUGAUCCAAUUCUUGAAGAACCAAUCUUAGCCGUUGAUCCACUCUCAGCUGCUUUAACCAUGAUCUCUUGCGGUGAAGACUCUUCGCAAGGGCUUUGUGAGCUUCCUGAUCUCGAUCUCGGAUCGUUACAAAGUGGUCAGCAGCUUCUUGACAAAGCUUUCUAUGAAUGUGAGCAAGAUCUCAUGAUGAAGUCAGCUAUGGAGUCUUCGUUCUCUGAUGUGCUAGACAUCAAGAACAUCUCUGAUGUGUUAGAUGUCAAGAACGUCUCUGAUGUAUUAGACAUCAAGAACGUCUCUCUGGUGACGGCUAGCAAUGAGAAGCAGGAUAUGCAGAAGAGCGUAAGCUCGGGGAAUUUGAGCUCUAUGGAUUGGUCACAGGCACAGCAGGAGGCUGUUGUGAUUCAGAACUUUCCUGAUUUUGCUCAGUUAGAUUUCUGUUCUGAUUAUGGGAUGCGACGAGCCUUUAGUGAAGGUGACAUACAGAAGCUCGGGACUGGUCUUGUUCCAUCUCCAUUACAUAGGAUUAUUGUGAGCUGUACUUCGGAGGAACGACGUGAGAAGCUAUCCCGAUACAGAAACAAGAAGAGCAGGCGAAAUUUCGGACGCAAAAUCAAGUAUGCUUGUAGGAAAGCUCUGGCAGAUAGCCAACCGAGGAUCCGAGGAAGGUUUGCGAAAACAGAGGAGAGGAAGUAGAAUCGUUUCAAAUAAAAUGGUGAUGGGAGUGAGCAAAAGGAAGAAAAAGGAGACAAGACCCAUCUCCUUAGAAACUAGUUUUGUUUUGUUAUAUAUGUAUGAUCAUAAAAUGUUAUAUAAGCAUUCAAAUUAGUUUUUGUAUAUUAAGGAAUUCUCUAAAUAAGCUUUUUAAGGAAAGAAAUUGUAGCUA